AUGUCGACUCUGGGAGGCCGCCGCGGGAUGAGGCCUAAAAUGAUGAUGCCGUUUGAUGCCCAGCCGCCUCAGCCGGUCAUCUCAGCUCACCCCAUCCACUCCCUGGACUCGCUCCAGCCUCAGCACUACCACAGCCUGGCCUCGCCCACGCGCACCUACCUGUACCACCCCCAGGCCAGUGGAGGGCGCUACCACCCCUGUGCCUCCCCCAUCGCUCACCUGUCCCGGGGCGAGUCUAUAGAGUCGGUGAGGAACACGCCGUGCUCGGACGCCCCUCCCCCGGCCUCCUCGCAGCUCUCCUCGCAGCUCUCCUCGCAGCUCUCCUCGCAGCUCUCCUCGCAGCUCUCCUCGCAGCUCUCCUCGCAGCUCUCCUCGCAGCUCUCCUGUCCCUCGGAGAUCACGGUGGACCCGGAGGGGAGCUACCACGGCAGCACCACGGAGGAGGAGGGCAGCUAUAGCGGCAGCCUGGCCCCUCUGCGCCCGGUGCACGCACACGCACACCCGCUGAAGAGCUUCGCAGUCCCCGCCAUCCCCCCGGGAGCCCACCCCUCCUACGAGAACCCCGCCCUGCCCUGCACGCCCCUGCUCACACAGAGCGGAGGCCGCAGUGUUCCGCCGGGCGCCCGGUCGGUCCCUGAGCCUGGACCACGGCAGAGCGCAGGAGCCUCAGCGACGUCGUGUCCGCCCUCUCACUCGCAGCCGGCCCCUCCCCCGCUCCUCCCUCUCCUCACCCAUGCACCUGCAUGCACGACGAGCCCGGCAGGCGGCCGGGAGGACAGCCACCGGAUCGGCUGCAGACUCAGGUUCCAAACGGCUGAGAUCCUGGACUCCGCAGCCGUGAUUGAUGAGGGCAGUCUGAGUGACAGCCACAGGCGUCAGGCCGACUGUCGCGAGGCUGUGUCCGAGAUUGUUUACGUUGCUGUAGUUUGUAUUCGUCUGUCUCUUUAUAUUGGGGGUGUCGCCGCGGUGACGGGAUCGCGUUACUGUUAG